CUUCUUCUGGCCCCGGCCCCAGAACCGGCGUAAACCAUCAACAGUAUGUUCGCAGGCUCAGGCUGCGUACUAGGAAACAUGAGCAGGGUGAGAUAUUCAGAGUCCCGGGCGGCGCAGCGCAGGCCGCUGGAUAAAGCCGAGGAGGAGACGGCGGUCCGUGCGGUUUGAGCUCAGGAACUCAGGACGGGAACAUGUGAGCAGGGAAUGGGCGACUGGAAACAGGAUUAUUGUUGUACACAGCAGAGAGACGCAGGAGGGGCCGGGGACAGGAUACUGACGGGGACACUGUGACACAUCCAAGGAGAUUUUUUGUUCUCCCCCACCCCCCACCCCGCCUCUUUUUUAAUUUUUGCGCAUCAGAAAAUUUGGGGAAAUAUCUGGCCAAAGAUGAACACCAUUGUGUUUAACAAGCUGAGCAGCCAGGUCCUGUUUGAAGAGAAGGCGAAAGAGGUGGAAAUGAGCAGCAGAAAUUAUCUAGAAGUCAUCGACGGGCAGCAUCCAGACCUCCUCUCCAGCAACCAGACCAUCAGAGACAACCAGGCCAUCAGGCACAGGCGGAGCGGGGGUCGUCCCAGUGGCGGUAAAGUGCGACACAAGCGCCAGGCUCUGCAGGACAUGGCGCGGCCGCUCAAGCAGUGGCUCUACAAGCACAGAGACAACCCCUACCCCACCAAGACCGAGAAAAUCCUGCUGGCCCUCGGCUCUCAAAUGACCCUGGUCCAGGUCUCCAACUGGUUUGCGAAUGCCAGGAGGCGACUGAAGAACACGGUGAGGCAGCCAGACCUGAGCUGGGCGCUCAGGAUCAAGCUCUACAACAAAUACGUUCAGGGCAACGCAGAGAGGCUGAGCGUCAGCAGCGACGACAGCUGCUCAGAAGACGGGGACAACCCUCAGAGGACACAGAGCGGCCCAGAGGAGCUCAACAAGCCCAUGUACCAGAGUGUGAUCAAGAAGGAGGGCUCCUCCAUGGUGGGCAUGGCCAUGGGUAUGGGCGCGGGGCUGCGUUCGGCCGCCGAGGCCGCCUCACUCGCCGAGGACUACGUGUCUCCGCCCAAGUACAAGAGCAGCCUGCUGCACCGCUACCUGAACGACUCGCUGCGCCACGUCAUGGUGGCCAACGCCGUCAUGGAUGCUCGCAAGAGGAACCACUCGGGCUCCUUCAGCUCCAACGAGUACGAUGACGAGCUGCUCUCGCCGUCCUCCUCUGAGGCUGAGGCGAACUUUGUUUAUCGGGCUGAAACCACAGACAAUGGAUCAAGUAAAUGUGACAACGGCAGCGGUGGCGUCGGAGCUACGCAGAAAGAGAGGGUGAAGGGCAAAGACGAGACGUACUGGAGGGAGAUCAACGCCGCCAUGGCCUUGACCAACUUGGCGCAGGGGAAGGACAGCGCCUCUGGGACCACCAGCUGCAUCAUCCAGAAGUCCUCCCAUAUAGCGGAGAUCAAGACUGUCAAAGUGCCGCUGAUGCAGAAAUAUUAGCCCCGACGUCAUCAUCCCGUCUCUCUAUGCAAACCGGCAAACAUUCCUGUUUCAGCAAACUCGCCGCUGUCCAAAUAAUCCCCCCUCCUGAGAGAAUGAAAAGAGAACUGUUGUUUAAGGUUUGUGUGUGGCAGGGGGAUGUUUGAGGCAAGGAAGUGUGGGACAAAAAGAGAACUCUCAUUCUUUUUGGUUGUUAUUGGUGUCUAAAAAAAAAGUGCUAAAGAGGCCUUUGACCAUCAUUUUCUUUGCUGGGUCGAUGUGCGAGUGUGUUACAGUUUAAUUGCAGUAUUUCCUAAAACGAGACACUUUUGUAAUUUUAACUUAUUUUUGAUGAGUCUGAUUUUUUUUUUUUUUUUUAUUUCUUCUUUUUUUAUGCUACGGAAUUUGUAUUUUGCCAAAGUGCCUUUGUUAUUUAGACGAAUAACUCGCCGACUGUGGUCAAUGCAAAGUACAGAUACUGAGGUGCCUCUUUGAAAUUUGUGAAGGAAUAUCCGACAAAGUUUAGCAUCAGGGUCAUGAUUCAGGAUCUGUUUUGUGAAUGAAAACUCCCCAUAUCAGCCUGUGCCUUAAGGACUGAAUGAGCUCACCAUCUGAGGCAUCGAUGAACUCAAAUAGCACACACACCCAGCAGUAAUGCCCUGAAGACAGUGCUCUUGUUUUGACUGGACUCUUCAUUUUGACUGUAAACUGAACACUGUUUUGUCUCGGUAAGCCUCUCGUUGCUGGCAGGCCAACAAAAACUGUUGCAUACAGAGAUAAGUUGAUCUCACGUGAGCAGCAGAUCGAUAAGCAGCAGCGGCCAACGUUUUCCACCUUGUUCACAUCUCAGCCUUGGAUUUCAUUAACCUUCCUUAUCUGGGCUUUUAGUUGCUGAAACGUGCAGCUGGACCCAGAUGAAGUCACGUUCAACCCGCUCAGUGACACAGACGUAGAUGUACAGGCUGUACAGAAGAAUGCCAUGACCUAAAAGGGAUGUUUUUGCUUUGCAUUAUCAGUGUUUUUUUGCGAACAUUGUUGCCUUUUCACAUGUUUGUGCUCAGAACAUGAUAGUCUGGAGUGAACGGAAAAGAAAAGCCACCAGCAGCUCCCCCAGCCGUUUGAUCCUCAGUCCUCUCAGCUGUUUAGCAUUACAUUCAAAUUGCUGUUUACAAGAAGCCAGAGGAUAGACUUAAAAGUUUGACUUUCUCCCCCUCGUUUUUUUCCUGUUUGUCUUUAUAAAAUACAUUCCAGUAUUAUCAAUUUGUCAGCCAAGCAAGUGUUCAAAGUGUCUGUUGUUGUCAGUCUGUGUAUGUGUGGUUGUUUUGUUUUGAUCAAAACUUUGUACCGCAUUAAGGGCUUCUUUUGUCAUCCAAUGGAAACAGUCUCCUUUAUAGAAAGUACUUAUGUACGGUGCAUAUGUUAAAAACGUUUGCGGUGAACAGUGCCAAGUUCACAAAUUGGGGGAAAUCAAGUUAGACUUAUGGAAGAAACUGAAGUUGGCUCUCCAUACUGACUUUUUGAGUUUAUGUAUAUCUUCACGGUACUGUUAAUGUGUGUCAGAAUGUGCACUCCUUCACAAAUUGUGCAGUUUUUAUUUUUUGGACAGCCCAGACUGUGCUUAGGGUCAAGGACUUUGAGAAGGAGUGAAACUGCAGAGUGACUUUCUGACCUUUUUUUAUGUGUCUUGAAUGUGCAAACUGUUUUUUUUUUUUUUUUUUUUUCAAAAGAAAAAAGCUGCACUUACAGUUCUCUCGGUUUUGAAUCAGAAAACACACACCCUCCACUGAGGACUUAUGGAUGCAUGUGUUUUUAUAUAAAGGUGAAGCAAAGCAAAAGAACCCGAUAUUAUUCCUGUUAGCGUGCCGAUGGAAGUAUAAUGAAAUCAUUCGCGCUAGCCAAUCCCCAGGCACUGUUUGCUUAUGCAGUGGGGGUUGUGGGCUCCCACAUGUGUUUUUUAUACACCUGAUCCAGGCAGGGUAGCUGCGGGGUAGUGCCGGGCCGCCUCCUUGUGUUUCUAAUCGCACCUCUGAACCUCUGGACCACUCGCUGCCCUCACACCUCACACGAUACCCGCUCGCUGGGAAGGGAGAGCACGAGGGAAGGAGGCUUCAGAGAAAACAGAGCAGCCUUUGUUGUUCCUACCUGCAGUCAUUCCCCAGCGACACUAUGAGUACAAACAAAAGGGUUUCUACGGCCAAGACUUUGGUACUGUACAUGUCUUUCUCCAGCACAAGCCCUGCUAUCACAACCAUGCUGACAAGUGGAAAGCAACGGUAUGUAUUAAAGCCUAUAAAUUAUUCGUACGGACUUUGUAAAAACAAAGAAAGUUUUUUGGUUUUUUUUUUAAAUUGUUAAGUUAUAUAAAUCAAGAAUUUUUGUUCGUUUGUUUGUUUUGAUAGAGACUGGAUUUCCAAUCCAAUGACCAAAUGCAUAUCUCCUUGUUGCUCUCAUGUAAAAUUUCUUUUAUAAAAACAGUUGUUCUUCUUGGUCAAAGCAAUGAAUAAACCUCUGAAUGAAAUGAAAA